UAGUGUUCAGUGGGGACAGAGUUUCGGCUUUACAAGAUGAAAAGAGUUGUAGAGGUGGAUGGUGGCAAUGGUUGUAUUUUAUACUACUGAACUGUACGCUUGGAAAUGGUUAAGGUGGUAAAUUUUAUGUGCAUUUUAACACGAUGAAUAAAUGGAAAAGAAAUCUUAUCUGCAAAUGCAAGGUGGUAUCCCGGAUUGGAUCCUGGAACAGAAAAGGGUGUUAGUGGAAAACCUGGUGAAAUACAAAAGGGCUCGCAGUUCCGUUGUCAGCGGCGGGCCAGUGUCGCUUUCUUGGCUGUGAUGGGCUCUGCAGUACGUGAGAUGUUAACAGGGGCGGGGCUGGUUAGGAGUGCACUGUGCCUCGGUAUUGCAACUUUUCUGGAAAUGUAAGAUUAUUCCAAAAUAAAACGUUUAUUUGAAAAACAUGGAAAAGCAACUGCAUCCUCGGUCUCUGGGGAGUGAUCAUGGGGCCCCAGCUCCAUCAGAGGAGGCUCCUUGCCGGAGUCUCGCCUCCUGGGGUCACUUCUCGGGCCAGCCCGAGCUCACCUACUGGGGUCUCCAGGGGCCAGAGUGCUGAGUGGCCUCCUUCCUCUCCCCCUCCGUGAGGCAGGGAGGCGUGAGGCAGGGAAAUGGCGGCAGGGAGUGGGUUCCUGGGGGAGGAAGGGGAAGAAGCAGAGAAGGAGCAGAGAGCCCGCGGCGGCCGGACCUGCCGGAGCCUCAGGAGGAGGACGAGAGCAUGUGGCUGGACAGCGUACAGACCCGCUUUGGUCUCCAUCCAAACUCGUCUGCAGAUUGACUCAGGGGUCAGCUUCAUCAUUUUGUUAAAAAGUAAACAACUCCCGUCUCCCCCAGCGGUGCUCUCAGGCCGAGCCUCUGCUCUGAACACGAGCUUCUUGCAUCAACUUCCAGUAGUUUCCAGGGGCCAGAGACCCCCGCUACGGGAUCAUGUCAGGAUAGAAUAUGGCGGGGACCCCGUCCAGGUGGCACUGGUGGCACAGAACGGACUUGAGGGUGGCCCUCCCUAGUGGCGAGCAGGGAAGCUGUGGGCCAUCUGCACCCCAAGCCACUCGCACCCCGCUUUCCCGGCUGGAAACAUCUGUCGUUGGGUCUCAUUCAUCCGCGUGCGUAAGUAUAAAUCACCUGUGCGUACGUGUGGUUCCUAGUCUCAUGAGAGCGAUCUUAGAGCAAAGAUGGAUUUUCUCUCCAUUGUUUUCUGGAUCUACUGAGCAGGCUUUCCCCCUUGAAUUGACAGUCUGUGGAAACACUAGAUUGGCAGGGCAUUUCCUGACCCAGCAAGUAGAAGUGAAAAGUAAGUUCUGUGUAGAAAUCAAGCAAUCACACGAGUGACCCAAUUGCUGGGGAAUUUUAAGAAGUAGCUUGGUUUUCAUGACUUCAAAAAAGGCCAGCAGCCACGCAAACACUUUGCCUUUAAAGUGGUGUUUGUGGGGCGACGGGCUGGAGGCCGAGAUUCACGUCUCUUUGCAGGAGGGAGUGAAGACGGAGAACGGCCACAUCAACCUGAAGGUGGCGGGGCAGGACGGCUCCGUCGUCCAGUUCAAGAUCAAGAGGCACACGCCGCUCAGCAAGCUGAUGAAGGCCUACUGCGAGCGCCAGGGCUUGUCAAUGAGACAGAUUCGAUUCAGGUUUGAUGGACAACCAAUUAAUGAAACAGACACCCCAGCACAGCUGGAGAUGGAGGACGAAGACACCAUCGACGUGUUCCAGCAGCAGACGGGGGGGUCCGGGGCGGCCAGCUGCCUCUGGGGUGCGGCCCCUCGAGCCACCGUCCCCUCGUGUCACUGCGCUCGUGUUCGCUAUUGAACAGUGAAGGCGUGACCAUGCCCGCACCAGGGAGGCUCAGACACCGAGGACAUUCCCCAGAAGGACCUUGCUCUCUGAUGUACUUCAGUGCGGCCGCGGGGAUGUCCACGGCUUCCCCCGGCCCAUCACCCCGGUACCUCUGUUUGGGUAAAAUGCAUGGCGAGGGGUUUUGGUUUUGUUUUUACUUUCAUUUUUGUUUUUCCUCCCUCCUAUGACAUUUCCCCCAAACCUGUGGCCCGAGUGCCCACUUUCCGUCUAGGUGGGGCUCUUACCCCAGGUACUGGCCCCUACCCAUUCCAGUCAUGUAGAGAACUCACGUCACUGCUCUGGGAGUGUUUCCGUGGGGUGAGUUUUGGGGACACAGUCGGGAUGGGAGACAAACUUUCACUUAUCUUACUGGCACAGGUCUUUUUAAUGCUAAAUAUUACAAGUGUGAGCUUUGUCAGAAUAUAGUAAAGUUGAAGGGAAAAUACUGGAAUGUUUCUUAAAAGGUAAGAAGUUCUUCAGUAACGUGGCCCCGCGUGGGGCCUGGGGCCCAGGACCCAUCGCCACCCAUGGCCAGUGAUGCUGUUCAGGGGCAGUGAAAGUUGGCUUUUCCCCUUUUCCUUAACAGAGAAAAAAGUAAUUCCCACACGUCUCACCUGGUAAUAGUGCCGGGGCCUCAGAUUUCUUCUAGUAUUUGCUUCUGAUGAAUGACAGUCUGUAUAUAAAAAAGGAAGAUUGAGUAUUGCUGAUUUUGCAAUUAACGUUUUUGUGUAAGAGAGCUGCUUCAAAGUGUGGUUACGAGUGAAAGACGGCUCCGGGGUCUCCCCAUGGACUGUGCUCUGCUCCUCAAGUUGGUAUGGAGUUUACGUGUUACAUGUGAUUUCAGUUCUGUGAAGCAUUUGGGGUCUGUCCUGGUUAAACUCCGAUAGUUGUCCUGUUGCCCUUGUGUGUGGACCCACUGCCGCCGGAUGGCCCGGCAUUGCUUGUUCGGGUCGCCUGGGCAGCGCGGCCACCGUGCUCUCUUGUCUGGCUGGCAUCUCGCUGAAGAUGUCUGCUUUUCCUUUGUAUUUUGCUCUUCGGGCGCGGGUGGGAUGUCUGCUGGCUCUGCUGUGUUUAUUCCCGUUGGUACGUUAUUUGUCGUCCUUUACUACUGUCGACAGUAAAUAGAGUUUGGUAUUCUGUCUCUCGGCUUGUAUCCAGCACUGCGUACGGAGCUUGGGCGUUGUGUCAUGUUCAGUAUUUGCAGCGACCCUCCAGCGAGGCCACUCAGACUUUGAUCUAAAGGCCGGUUCACCGCUGCCCCCCUUCCUGCGCCCGCGCAGGCUUCCCAGGCGGGUGGCGUCUCCUGCCGAGGACACCCCCUCACCCUCAGAACUCUCCUCUGUCCUCCCCUGGGUGUCCUGGGUGGAGGGUCGCCGUUACUCUGGGCUUCUCGAUAUUUCUGGUGUUUGAGUAUAAGACUUUUCCUUGGUGCAGUUGACAAGCUACUCACUCAUCGCUUUGAAACGGAAGCGCGUUGGCACUAAUUUGAGAACUUCCCUGCGUGCCACGCUGUGACAGCACCAGGGUGCAUCAGGUGAGGCAAGCGCAAGUUGAAAGGUCAAGGGCAGCCGGGUAGUGGAGCACUUGAUUCACUUACAGCAGCGGCAGGAGGUGAAGGCGCAGCACAGCGACUGGGUCGUGUGCCAGGUGCCGCGGCGGGUGGCGAAGCCCGACAGGGCAGCCCCUGCACUUGUGCCGAGAGGGACACGCCGGGGUGCCUUAGGUUAGGAGCAGCGCUGUAUCCUUGGGAGCUUAGAACAAUGCUGCCUGACCGAAGAGCAGGCAACGUCCUGGAGGUUGUCUUUUAUCUUAGAAAUGUGUGCAGAUUGUGCAUUCGGAAUAAUCUGUUGAUAUCGAUGUUUUUAAAAUAUUGUUACCCAAACCCAACUCCCAGAAGCUUUGGGUUAAAUUGAUGCUUCAGUAGGAGACAGGCCCUAUUGAUGCUGUUGUUGGUGCCCUGGGUCCCAGCCGGCACCUUCUCAGUUCCGGUACCGCAAGUCCCAUGUCCCAGGACCCCUCAGUUCCAGGCACACGGGCGAUGCCAGCCUGGCUGUGCUGCACAGCACAGGUGGGGAAGCCUGUGUUAAUACUGGCUCUGCCACGAGACACAGGUUCCAUGGAAAGGAACUGCAAAAAGCAGAUCCUUCUUGUACCUCAGAACUUCAGUUCCCAAAGAAACUAGUUUAUUCUGAACUUGCUGGCCUGUCCAGUGGACCAAAGCCUCUAGGUAUUGAUAUCACACACCUGCUACUCAGAACCCUGGGGAUACCAGGACCGACUGACCGAGCAGAGAGUUGCCAGAUUGAGUGAAUAAAAUACAGGGUGCCCAGUUACACUUGGAUCUCAGAGAAGACGUGUGGAGGGGGCCUGCUUCCCUGAAGGGGAGGCCGUCCCACCAGCCAGUGAGGUGAGAGCCUUCUGUUACGUUGAGCACCUCAUAUUUUGGGUUUUUGUCACUUGAAACUAAUCGUGGUACAAGCUGUGAAUACACACACUGCUCUCCAACAGGAAAAUGAUGUGACAAAGACAGCAGUGACACAGACGUGGACGCAGCUAAGAACAUACCCAGCAUCUGACAGGUGCUGUUGUCUGAGCGUCAUAAUGUUGAUGACGAUGCUUUUCAUCACCCACACUUCCUUUAGGUGACCGAGUGGAGUUUUCCUUUAGUCUCCAUGGGAACCACACCCUCUGACCCCUGACCGGCUUGGGGGGAUGGGGUGUGGUUUGAUUGCAGAGAGGGCAACUACUUGAACAGGUGAAGCGCAUGAGUAUUUGUGCAAAUCCAUUACUCUUUGGAACUGUCUAAAAGUACUGUGUUGUUUUUAUAAAUCACCAUGGUCAUUUGAAAA